AUGACGUCUUCCGCCGCAAGAGAAGGAGUCGCGCUGAGUUUGGAGAAGCCGCGAGCCGUCCCACCGCCUCGCCGGCUUCGUCGCGGCCGGCCUCCAGGGGUCGCUGGUGUAGCGAAUAAAGGCGGCCCCCCGGGAGCUCGAGAGAGUUGGGCGGAGAGGAAGGUGGCGGCGAGCGAGAGACGCGAGAGGGAGCCCGAAGGCGCGGCGGCGGAGCGGCUGACUAGCCCGCUACGGGGUCAACGGCGGCUGGGGUGGCUGCCUCCUUCGCCGGUCCUAGGCUCGCUCGGACGCGGGGGAAGCCGGCAAUGGGCAGGAGAGAAACCGCGAAAUUCCACUUACUUAGAUGAUCAUGGGCCACCCCCUCGUAAGGUACUUCCAUUCCCUAGCCAGGUGGUGUACAAUAGGGUUGGAAAAUGUGGGAGCCGGACUGUGGUUUUGCUGUUAAGAAUUCUGUCUGAGAGACAUGGGUUCAAUUUAGUUACAUCGGAUAUUCAUAAUAAAACCAGACUUACCAAGAAUGAACAGAUGGAAUUGAUUAAAAAUAUAAGCACUGCAGAGCAGCCCUAUUUAUUCACUAGACAUGUUCAUUUCCUCAAUUUCUCAAGAUUUGGAGGAGACCAACCAGUAUACAUCAAUAUUAUUAGAGAUCCUAUCAAUCGAUUUUUAUCUAACUAUUUUUUUCGCCGUUUUGGAGACUGGAGAGGGGAGCAGAACCAUAUGAUCCGUACUCCAAAUAUGAGGCAAGAGGAGAGAUAUUUAGAUAUUAAUGUAUGUAUUCUUGAGAACUAUCCUGAAUGUUCCAAUCCCAGGUUAUUUUACAUUAUUCCAUAUUUCUGUGGACAGCAUCCAAGAUGCAGGGAACCUGGUGAAUGGGCCCUCGAAAGAGCAAAAAUGAAUGUGAAUGAAAAUUUCCUACUCGUGGGCAUUCUGGAAGAAUUAGAGGAUGUGCUGCUUUUACUAGAAAGAUUUUUACCUCAUUAUUUCAAGGAUGUACUCAGCAUCUACAAAAACCCAGAGCAUAGGAAGCUUGGCAAUCUAACUGUGACAGUGAAAAAGACCGUCCCAUCACCAGAAUCCAUCCAGAUCCUGUACCAACGCAUGAGAUAUGAAUAUGAAUUCUACUACUAUGUCAAAGAGCAGUUUCACCUGCUAAAACGCAAGUUUGGAUUACGAUCUUCAAGUGGUAACUCUUCUCCUAGGCCAGAAUUUGCCAUUCCUUCUCUUCUUGAAACUGAAGAGCCAGUGACAGAAGAUGAGGAGCAAGAUGAUGAAAAGUGGUUAGAAGAUAUUUAUAAAAGGUGAUGCAAGACUGAUUCCAGAUCAUUUAAAAAUGUUAAGAAAAAUCUGAAGAAAGUGAGUUAAUGCACAGCAGCAUUUAAAAAGACAUUUCCCCUAGAUUGAACUGAUAGACCCUUUUCUGAGAAGGUGUAUUUGUUGAAAUGUUUUGUUUGUUUGUUUCCUUGGCUCCAUAGAAUUAUUGUAGUUAGAACAUACUUUUAAGUAUACCAUCUCUUGUUUCAUUAGAAAUAACAUUGAUAUUGUAAAAUAUUUCUGUAUAUGGUACUUAUUUGCAGAAUGAUAUACAUCACCAUGUUGGUCAUUUGCAAUUUUCACAAAACUAGCUUGCCUGAUGUAGCAUUUAAUUUAACCUGUUACAGUUUUAUUUGAGCACAUUGAAGUAAUAACAUGAUAUAAGAAGUUUGUCAUCACCUGAAUAAGGAAUGCUGUUGUUCUGAAAUAAUAAAGCUGUCCAUUGCUACUAAUACCAAUUGAAAAGGGGAAACCAGGCUAUUAUCAACAGUCAAAAUAGAAUAUGGAGAAACCAAGUUAAUGAGUUUUCCGCAGUCUAGUGUCCUCUAGAUAUGUUGGACUAUAACUUCAGUGAUUCCCAGUUUGUCUGUAUUGCCAGUAUUGGCUGGCAACAAUGAGAGUUGUAGCACGGGUGGAAUUGGGAAGGUGGUUAUCGUUAAAUAUCAGUACAAUGCUGAGGUUGAGUAAAACUGAAGGGGACAAUAUUAAUGGAAAUUAAACUUAAGCUGUAGGGGAAAGUGUCAGAUGUUCCUUUUUAUUUUAAAAGAGAUCCUCUUUUUCCAUAGUAGUUUUGUCAGUAAGCAAAUACCCAUAAAAGGAGGGGAACAAGAACUUUGUGGGAUGGGAAGAGUUGGUCUUUGAAAAAAAUAUAUCUGUAACAUUGUAAAUGCAUUAGUUACUGAUGAAAUUGAUUGGUUCUGAUUUCAAGACAUUAUUUCUGAAGGUGAAAAUUUCUAAUGAAUAUGGCUCAGGCACUCUGAAAAUCUGAUACUGACAAACAACAUUGAAGAGGAAUAUGCUGUGAUCCCUUCAGAUGUCAUCAGUUCUUUUUCUCUCUCAAAGAAGUUGAAGCCUAACUCUUGCAUACAGAGAAGGAGCAGAUACCCUUAACAGCAUACUCAAAUUGUACUCUGGCUAGAAUAGUCAACAUUUAUGACUGAUAAUCAAAAAUUACCACUCUAAAGAACAAAGAUAUAGCAGAUGUGCACGUGUUCCGUUUACCCAAGUUACUGGUUCUUCUUUUGGUGUGCAUUAGUCAACACCCAUUUAACAAAUUCCCUUUUCAGAGCCUAUAGGCAUCAACUAGUAUCUAUUGCAUUCUGGGUUUUGUUUUUGUUUUUUUACUAUACUACUAGCAGGAUUUGAACACACAGAAUUGUGUUGUAGCUGAACACUUACAUGAAUGAAAAAUCUUCUCACUAGGUGGUUCCACUGCACUACUCUGGAACAUACUGGGAGCUGGAAAUAAUAAUUAACCAAGAUGCUGCAUUGUAUAUUAAGUGGUUUCUAUGAAAUUACAUUUAAAGAGUAAUGAUUAGUUUACACACUGUGGAAUUGUUUUCUUUUGGGGAGCAAUUUAAUAUUCACAUGCUGGAAUGUUUUUAAAAAGUUAAAAUUUGUGUGUGCUACAAGAAUCCUGGGUUACUUAACAUGUUUGCUUUCUCUGCAAUUUCACUAGAAUCUAUUUUUAUCUUGCUAUUUAAUAUUGUUCUUUGCCACAGAUACUUUGAAAUGUUAAAAGCAAGAGCUGUCAGUUGAUUUAUUUGCUAGAUGUUAAUGUUGUAUAUUUUUUAUAUAAGCAACUUGGCUUCUAUUCUAUUCCCAGAAAGGUACUUCAUAAAUUUAUUUGGCACAUAAGCUUUUAAGAUUUCUGAAACAACAGGCCAUAUAUCUGUCAAGAAACAAUGUACUUUAAAUAAUUUAGAAGCACAUUUUAAGUUUGCUCAUUUUUUUUUUUUGCUUAUUUAUUGUGACUUUUCAGCACAUUCCAAAUUUUAAGUUGCUCAGGAAAGAAAUUCAUUUGAAUGAUUUUCUUUUUCUUUUCUUUUUUCAAGAAUAACAAUCAUUGUUAUAAAACUUUCAUCCCAUGAUAACCUUCUAGAAAGUGCCAUAUUUGUUUGUAAAUCUCUGUGAGAGAGAAAGGUGGAUUCUUGGAAUAUGUGAAAAUAAUAAAGAGAAUAUAUGUACAUUAGAUUAGUUAUAAAUGAAAACAACCAAUAUUUGAAUUAAAUAUACCUUAACUUAUUCACUGACUCUUUGAUCUAACCUGUUUAUUUUUAAUGCACUAACAUUUCCACACCUGUUGUUCUUCACAGAGUCAUCCAGUUGUCUAUCUCUUGUCCCCUUCUCCUGCCCCAUGACUGAAAGUUAAAAGUUUUCCCAUAGAAUCACGCUAAAAUGUUUAUCGUAGUUUAUUUGCUGAAGGCCAUCCUUCAGUUGGGCUCUUUUGAUAUUACUAUGUGAGAAGUACCAUCAGCAGUGGAGCCAUGCUACAUGCCACUGCCAGCGUAGUUACAUAAUCCAUAACAGUUAUUGUUUUGACCUAUGCGUAGCUACUGUAUUGUUUUAGCUAGCGUAAAUAUAGGUGGGGGAGAAUAAUUGCUGUCCAGGCUAAAACUACUUGGCAAAAGUACACAGGCAACUUUAUAAAGCUUUAUAAACAGUUUUAAAAGGAUUUGAAUUAGAAAAUUACAUUAAUAAAUGGUCCACUUAAGAGUAAUUUACUUUAAGAGUGUUGUAAUAGUAGAAGAUUAUGUAUCUUCUAAGGUACAGUUGCAUUGCAGUUAUCUAAAGUGCACGUGCAUCAUUCUGAAAUCAGACAAUCUUCCUGUCUUUUAAAGGCAUUUUAGUUUCUAUCAAUUUUUUGGUUGUCACCUGAUCUUUGUGAUGAGCAGACUUCAUUCUGUGGUCGAAUUUGAUAACCCAAGCCAAGUAAUCAAAAUGGAAUGCUUUUAAGAUCCAGUAUUGCAAUGAAUAGACUCCCAGCAUGUUUUAGAAGGGAGUGAAGGAAUCCCCUUUUUUCUAGGAAAAUCUUCAUGUUGAACUUUGUAUUCUCACCUAUUGUCUACCAAACUUGCAUUUGAAAAUAAUUACACUUCAUGCAAAUUAAUAAAGGCCUGUAAUUUGUAAAGUUGAAUUGUGUGUUCUGGCCUUCGUGUAUAUUUGUCUUGCUGGCAUUCUUUUUUUAAUACCAAGCAUGAGAUUUACAGUAAGAUUAACGGGGAAUGCAAAAAAGGACCAUUUUCUUUUCUGGGGACUUUUAGUUGAUGUAAUAUUGCAACAGGAGAAUGAAUUUUCUAUCAAAAAUAAAAUUAAGCAUUUAUAUUUAAUUUUAGAGAAUCUGCAAAUCUUUCUAAUAUCUAAUCUGAUUAUAAGUAAAAAUGUUUUUUUCAAAUGUUUCAGUCUUCCAUCAGAAAACAAGGUUGAAAGUUUAUUAAUACGUUAUUUGUUCAAUGAAUUCUGUAGAACUUCCAAAUAGCUCAAGGGCUGUUCUAAAGUAUAUCGAUGCAAAUGUCUAAGUUCAAAAAGUUAAGCUGAUCCAAAAACUGAAUAUUUAAGAUCAUUCAGUGAAUAUAUCUUUUUAAAAAAGCAUACAGAAUAAAUCAUAUAGAACUAAA